AUGAAUACCGUGCGAUAUCAUCACACAGCAACUACAUUAACAAAUGGAUUGGUAUUAGUUGCUGGCGGAAACGGUAACGGUGAUAGUAGUCUCAAUAGUGCUGAAUUGUACAAUUCAUCAACAGACACUUGGACAACCACAGCAAACAUGAAUGUCGGACGAGUAGAUCACACAGCAUCCACAUUAGCAAAUGGAUCAGUAUUAGUUACAGGUGGACAGAACGGUCGGGCUGGUUAUUUCAAAAGUGCUGAAUUAUACAACGAAUCAACAGGUAAUUGGACAAUCACAGGAAGCAUGAGUAUCGUACGAAGAUUUCACACAGCAACCAUAUUAGCAAAUGGAUUAGUAUUAGUUGCUGGUGGAUACAACAGCGAUGGUUAUCUUAAUAGUGCUGAAUUGUACAAUCCAUCAACAGGCACUUGGACAACCACAGCAAACAUGAAUGUCGCACGACAAGAUCACACAGCAUCCAGAUUAGCAAAUGGAUUAGUAUUAGUUACAGGUGGACACAACGGUGCUAGUUCGCUGAAUAGCGCUGAAUUGUACAAUGAAUCAACAGGUACAUGGACAAUCAUAGGAAACAUGAAUGCCGCUCGACAAUAUCACACAGCAUCCACAUUAGCAAAUGGAUUAAUAUUAGUUACAGGUGGAUGGAACGAUGAUGUUAAGUAUCUCAAUAGUGCUGAGUUGUACAAUCCCUCAAUUGGCACUUGGACAACCACAGGAAACAUGAAUACCGCACGACAAUAUCACACAGCAUCCAGAUUAGCAAGCGGAUCAGUAUUAGUUGCUGGUGGAUCGUCCAGUGCUAGUCGUCUCAAUAGUGCUGAAUUGUACAAUCUAUCAACAGGCACUUGGACAAUCACAGGAAUCAUGAGUAUCGCCCGACAUUAUCACACAGCAUCUAUAUUAGCAAAUGGAAAAGUAUUAGUUACUGGUGGAGAAAGCGUUACUGCUUUUUUCAACAGUGCUGAAUUUUAUUUAUCAACAUAG